CGGUCCGAUACGCACCUGAAACCCGGAAAAAGUCGUUGAGACGAGGUUUUUGCCACAGGUUUCGGGUUUUCGCUGGCUCUCGAACCCGGCGCUAGCAGCACUUCUAAUGGGCUGCAAUUGAAACGUAAUCUCACCGUCUCCCACCACGUGGCCGUUGGUUGUGAUCUUGGAUUUGAACACACGCACAGAUAUGACUGUUUUUUUUGCGGACGCGAUCUCCACGUCAUGUUCGAGGCGGGCUUCGGACCCGCAGUGAAGCAAGUACCUUCUCGUGCCAACAUGUACACCACGGAUGGUAGGGUGCGUGCGCAACUCUGGUGACCAGGCAAACCGAACUUGCGCCACUUUCGUUUUCGGUUCGAGCCGAAGCCUUUCGUGCGGUUUUGGCGCAAUUGAAGAAAGUACUGCCAGCCCGGACCUGCUCGCGCACUGACCGGGUGCGCCAGUCGCGUAACCCUAGUCAGCCUGAAUGGAGGAUUGCGCGCACGGUACGCAACCGCAAACCGGAGAUCGCGCAUCUUGGAAGAUCUCUUAACUAAUUUCAAUUAGACAAAAUAAAACGGCAAGCAGUGAAUCGAAAGCAGUGAAAUGGUUUGCCGGUGUGUGAGUGUAUUUUUCGGGUGAAAAUCAAACUUCAACUAUAAAGUGUACAGGUGUUUAGUGAUAAGAAGUUUAGUUGUUGUUGUUGCUACAGAAAGGUUAUGUAAAUAGUGAAUGUGCAAAGUAUCACGAACCACGAUACAGUUACGAUGGGUUGGAGAUUAAUUGUACUUGGUAUAGUAACGCUCGGAUCGCUGUACACGUUACACCUCCUGGCGCAAGAUUUCAUGAAACUAUCGAAACCACUGUUCAUGGCAUCCGGCAAACGAGAUCUGGGCCCAUCGUUAUCCUUCAAUCGAACCGCCACUCUGCUGGAUUUUGAAGCAAAAAUCAACUGGAACAAAAUUCUGCAAACUGAUCCGCUCAAGUGUGCAUUUUCCCUCAUCUGCCAAUUAGCCGCCGGAGCUGAGCCGCAGGAUGUGCAGGCGAAGAUAAUUUAUGAAUUCGUGGCUUUCAGUGUCGAGAACAGCAAAACCAUUCCACGGCCACUGAAGGAAUCCUUCGAGCUGGGGCUCAAGUACAACGACAACCUGUCGGCGAAAGAAAACUACAAGAAAUGCUACCGUCGCUAUCCGCUCUGUCUGUAUUCUGCCCGCACAAUGCUAAGGUUUAUGAGUUUGUUUGGCAACGAAUGAGAUUAGACCCAUUCAUAACACCGAGUAGAAAUAAUUAAUCGUUAAGAAAAUGAGCUUUUCUUGGUCUGCGAGAAAGAAUACAAAAAUAGUUUAAGAACAGAAAAAAAUGGCCCCGUGACGAGAAAUCUAAUCAAUUUGUAAUUAAAUAAACUAUAAAUUCCGUGUCUAAA